AUGAGCGACCUCCAGAAAUCCUUCGCCAAGUCGAAAUUGGCAAAACUUCCAUCUGAAGUCCCGAUGGAAGAACCACAGAUCCCCGAAGAUGCUUGGGAGUCAAGCUCCGCGACUUCGUCGGUGUCUUCGUCCGGAACUGCGGUGCCAUCACCUACUCGUCAACUGUUUGCGCGCGCUGGUCGACAAUCGUCCCAAACCUCGUUGGCAUGGACGGACUUUUUUGAACAGGAGCUUUUCAUCCCCGAUGAGGUGGGGAGUCUCCGCAUCGUCCACCACGUUUAUCUGAUGCCACCAGCCGAGAAAGGUCCGCUCUUCGUGAUGCACCAUGGAGCCGGCUCAUCGGGUCUUUCUUUCGCAACCUGCGCAGAUGAAAUUCGCAAGAUUCUCCCAAAGGCGGGGAUUCUGUCCCUGGACGCCCGAAGUCACGGCCGCACUGUGACGAGUUCCGUGGACGCGAAUUCCACCAACGAAACCCCGUCCACUGCCGAUGCGGCUCGGAUUGAGUCUUCUGGGCAAGUCGAGCUGGAUCUCAGCCUGGAGACUUUGAGUCGAGAUCUGGUCUAUGUCAUUCACCAGACGCAGGCACGGAUGGGAUGGCAAAGCCUUCCAGAUAUCAUUCUGGUCGGACACAGUCUAGGUGGCGCGGUUAUCACAGACGUUGCGAAGAAGGGAGAGCUAGGUCCGAAGUUGUUGGCAUACGCUGUUUUGGACGUGGUAGAAGGCUCGGCCAUAGACGCCUUGCAGAGCAUGGACCUAUAUCUAUCAACAAGACCAACCAGGUUCCCAUCUCUUCAGUCCGGAAUUGAGUGGCACACACGCUCCCGCACGAUUCGCAACACAACGUCCGCUCGCGUCUCGGUCCCGUCCCUUUUGCAUGAAGAACACGAAGCCACCGAAUCUUCCCGACCUUGGGUAUGGCGGACCAAUCUCUCCGCGACGAAACCUUUCUGGGAGAAUUGGUUCGUUGGCUUGAGUCGGAAAUUUUUGGAUGCACGAGGCGGCAAGCUCCUAUUGCUUGCCGGCACAGAUCGGUUGGACAAGGAAUUAAUGAUUGGCCAAAUGCAAGGGAAAUAUCAACUUCAAGUCUUUCCCGAAGCGGGCCAUUUCGUUCACGAGGACCAGCCUGUCAAGACCGCUCAGAUUUUGGCUGACUUCUACCGGCGCAAUGACCGCAGUGCGUUGGUGCUUCCGCCAAAGGUUGCUGAUAUGCAAGCAUUUGCUGCUAUGAAGAAGGGAAACAGUCCAGGUGGCUCCGCUCCACCUAAAUAG